ACACCCUUCCAAGAUGGCAGCCAACAGCAGCAGCACGGGUAGCAAGUCCAGCGGCGGCGCCGGAGGAAAACAGUCCGGCCCUUCAGCAGAGCAGGUGGUGUCAACAUUUCAGAGGAUGCGUCAGGAACAACGCAAUAUGGCUUCUAAAUCUGCUGAGUUGGAGAUGGAGAUCAAUGAGCAUAGCUUAGUAAUUGACACGCUGAAGGAAGUGGAUCCUUCGAGGAAAUGCUUUCGUCUCGUAGGAGGGGUAUUGGUGGAGAGAACGGUAAAAGAAGUCCUACCCGCCUUGGAAAACAACAAAGAACAGAUCUCCAAAAUAGUCGAGUCCCUUAACACACAGAUGCAGGCAAAAGGACGGGAACUCACAGAGUACAGGGAACGCUACAAUAUCCGGCUGGUGGGAGAGGGUGAAGGAGAGGGACAAGGCCAGUCAGCAGCGUCUUCCCGGGACAGUGAAGGGGGAGGGUCAAAAAGCGGUGCUGGUGUUUUAGUGUCAUAGUUUAUAACAAUAAUAUAGGGCGACAGUAGGGCCUUAUGAUUUCUGCAGUACUGAAAACAUAGUUGGAGUCACAAAAUUUAGAUUCAAAAACUGAACUUUUUUUUUUGAUAACUUUGGAUUUGGAUUUUACUGAAAUCUCUGCUAAAUAUAAUGCACUUGGUAGUGAAGUAAUUUGCGAAGUGUACAUAGUUCUCUGCUUACAUAUGUUCAGUAUGAAUGCUAAUGUGUGUAAAAUUUACUUGUCUAAUACUUUGCCUUUCAGUAAAACUGAAAUAUUGUGGCUUAAAUUCCUAAUACUUUUAGUCUUACUGUCAUCCACACAAAUGAGGAAAUAUUAUUUUACUGUCUCAGAUUGCAGAAAAUAAUUUUUCCUAAGUUAGAUAUAAUUGUCAGGGUGCUGGGUUGGAAUUUCAAAGUUAAAAAACACACACAAAAACCCACAUUCAAACGCCUAGAACAUACACGACAAACUAGAUCACAUUGUAUUUUAAGGCAAACAAGCUUUUGAAAACUGAAGAUUUUCGACUAACAACUUAAAAAUGAUUAAAAAUAAAAAGCUGAUUUCAUAGGGCCCUAAAGUAGGUUGAAAUUGUGCAGAAAGUCACCCUUACCAAGGCAGAACAGGUCCUGGAAGGCAUUUUGACAACACCUGUUAUGAGCAUGAACAAGGGAUUAUACUGUAAACAUGUCACUACAAAUCAAAACGAAUCUUUUAGCUUUAUUCACGUCCCUCUGAGAAAAUUGUAUUCACACAUAAGCCAUUCAUUGAAAGGCUGCUGGUUUGUAUUCAUAAUGCUGAUUUGAGGCCAGUUUGUGUUCAGUGGUUACUAAAGCACGCACUGUGUUGUGACCAGUGAAUGCUAGGACACAUUGAAAACACAAUAAAAGCUGUUAUAUUCUUUUUGAUCUGUAGCACAUGCUUGAGCUUGGAAUGGUUACAUUAAAUUGUUAACACAGUCUAAACUGACGAAAUGUCUCCUAGGACCUGGUUGGGACUGUCCACACUGUUCAUGUAGUUGUAAGGACAAAAAUGUUUUUGUUAAUGGUCAUGAAUUAAAGAAUGUCACAAUUGUGA